UAUUACACCCUCGUGGCGGCUUGUGUGCUCGCUCGAAAGGCGGCUUGGCUGCGCGAUGCUUGCUUGGCUGCAGCUCUAGUGUUUCCUGCCGUCGCAGCCCUACACGGGAUCGUACUGGCAUGCCUGCACCAAGAUGUGGCCGGGGAUAUGAGGCGUUUAUGCCGGCAUGGCGAAUAUCUUAGAUAUUGUGCAUGUGGGCUGAUUGACCCCUUUGGUUCAGGAGCUGUUGAUAUGGACGUCUAUGGGGCUUUUCAGCUUUCCGCAGUUGCCAUUUUGGCCGCCCCAGUGACAGUCCGAGUAUCCGAUACGUAUUUUUUCGGGCCAGGCCGAAACAUCAUCUUUGUGUGGACCGGUAUAAUCCUGGCUGGCAUGCUGAGUCUCACCGUGGAGUUUUACCGCAGCAAUGCUAUCCACUGCGACGAGAGCAACCGGGGCAAUUUCACCACGUACAACCCGGCAGAUUUCCCCUAUUCUGUGGGGAAUCUGUGUGGAAUCACCUGCUCGGAGGAACAGGGUCCCUUUUCUCCCAUGAGAAAGGAGGCAACAGCCGAGAUUUACAUAAUACCGGCGCCUGUCAAAUUCAACUUUGGCACCGCUACCCUUACCGCCGCAGCUUGUUGCAUCCCGGCAAUUCUGUCUCUGGCGUCUUUGAUGAACAAAAUACGCGAGCUCAACUGGAGAAGAUCCCGUAUGGGUGGCUGGCGCGAUGCCAAGCAGGAUCCUGGAUUUGACGAACCCAUCGAUGGAUUCCACGGCGCUACUUUCAGGACCAUGAACAGCGUCAACAACAAUGUCCGACAUCUUUUGAGGUUCAUCGAGAUCCCUCUGUUUGCCGCCGCAGUCGCCGCCAUCUUGAUUAUUGGCGAGCUGAACCUGUGGGAUCCGCACAUCGUCCAUGGCACUGAGCCGAUAACAAGCGUCGGACAGUGGGCACCCAUAGUCACGGCUGGACUGGCAGCACUGGGAUCUCUGUACCUCUUGAUAGAGAAGGAUGCCAUGGCGGCAGCGAUGGAAGAGGAGGCACGUCAGACCGGAAACUCACCCGGCGCAGGAUCUUGCAGCUGCCCACACCACCACGGUCAAUGGUCAUCUCCGAUCGACUCACAUAACCACCACCCUUGGUCUGCCGGGACCAUAGAACCUAUGCGAACUUUUGACACGGCCGGCGAUGGUAGCAAUAACUCAUGCUCCCCAAUCCUUACCAGGCAGGGCAGUCGAAUGAAGAUUGCCAAGUACAUCAACAAGAUUGGCAAAGCCAUCAGCACACCCGCAUCUGACUUGGACGACGCUUCAUUCCGGGCAGGUCCCGCGGGCGACUUUCCCGAAGCCCCCGGGGAGCGUCUAAGGGACCCGAGGAUUCAAGAAAUUCAAAAGGUCUACAACAUCUGGCGGGACGCCAACGGCAACGUCAUACCAUCACGAACACACAGCGUCGCCGGAAGCAGGACUGCAUCUCCACGGCCGUCAGCAUCGAAUCGUACGAGAUCUGCCAGCCCCGGCCCUCUGCCAAGGAUUCCACCGAGAAGCAGCACCCUGCAGGACCGGAGGUCAAACGCAUCCGACAUGCCACAGCUUUCCUUGACCAUAUCCGCGCCAGCUCCUACAGCGACCAGGGGCAGGGCUCCGGUUCGGCGGCGGGCGACACUGGAGGUCCCUGCGCAAAACUAUACGGGCUCUGACGGGCUCCAGGCGUCAUGGCGAAUCAGCUACUACCACCCCCAGGACGCUGUACAGGGAACCUUUACCGAUCGCCACGGCAUCAACAUCCUCCCCGAGAUGAUCCAAUCAGAUUUCCCCCAACGCCUCAACGCAUGGCUAGUCUCAUCACAUGCCAGUCGCAACUUCUUUUCAUCAGACUGUACUUUUGUCCCUAUGAUGGCGAGUUCGGACGCAUCUAACGACGACCAACCCCUCCAUGGGAAUACUGCUCUACACUCGGAUGAAACGACCUUUAGGCCCUUCGGGGUCCGACCGCCAAACCCCCAGUGCACGUCUGCAUCUGGACAAACAUGA